UCUGGUGGGCCAGGCACCGGUCUAGGAACUCAAGGCACAGAGACCGUCCCUUAUCGGCUGGGAUCACCAUCCGGUGGAGAAACUAGAGGACGCACAUAGUGGGGUGUUACUUGACGAGGACAAUAAUCCGCUCACCAUCGAUAUUGGUAUCAACUUGACAGAUCCUAUGUUCAGAGGAAUUUAUAGGGGAGUUCAGAAGCAUCAAGAUGACUUACACGAUGUAAUAGAGAGAGCUGUCCAGAUUGGUGUUAAAAAGUUUAUGAUCACAGGUGGAAAUCUGCAGGACAGUAAAGAGGCACUGCAUUUGGCACAGACAAAUGAUAUGUUUUUCAGUACAGUUGGAUGUCAUCCUACAAGAUGUGAUGAGUUUGAAAAGAAUGACCCUGAUCUUUACUUAACGGAGUUGUUACAUCUUGCUGAAAACAAUAAGGGGAAAGUUGUAGCAAUAGGAGAGUGUGGACUUGAUUUUGACCGACUACAGUUCUGUCCCAGAGAUACUCAGCUCAAAUAUUUUGAAAAACAGUUUGAACUGGCAGAACAAACAAAAUUACCAAUGUUUCUUCACUGUCGGAACUCACAUGCUGAAUUUUUGGACAUAAUGAAAAGGAACCGAGAUCGGUGUGUGGGUGGAGUGGUGCAUUCAUUUGACGGUACCAAGGAAGCAGCAGCUGCCUUGAUGGACUUGGAUCUGUAUAUAGGAUUUAAUGGUUGCUCACUGAAAACUGAGGCUAACUUGGAAGUUCUGAAGUCAAUACCUAGUGAGAAAUUAAUGAUUGAAACUGACGCACCUUGGUGUGGAGUGAAAAGUACACAUGCUGGAUCAAAAUAUAUUAAAACUUCAUUUCCUACCAAAAAGAAAUGGGAAAACGGGCACUGUGUGAAAGACAGGAAUGAACCCUGCCAUAUAAUUCAAAUACUGGAGAUAAUGUCAGCAGUGAGAGAGCAGGAUCCACUGGAAUUAGCCAAUACGUUAUAUAACAACACCAUUAAAAUAUUUUUUCCUGACAUGUAAUUGGUAUGUCCUUUCCAUUUUCCAUCAUGUUAUGUAAAAUUUCAUGGUAAACCUUCUAACGGAUUGAAUAAAGAAAAGCUCUGGAAGUUGUCUAAACAGGUAUUAUGUGCACAGCAUCCCUCUCAUUUUUAUCCAUAAAGCCAGAUCCAAAUUUUUUUAAUGUCAGUUAAUGUCUUAGUUUACAACAAUGAAAACUCCCAAAUAUUUCAUUUUGUAAUCUCUUCCAAAGUCUGAAAGGCCAAUUUUAUGUCAAUGCUGCAAACACAGAAUGGCCAAUAAACAUACUGGGUGGGUGGGUGGGUGGGUGGGUGUGG